UAUUCCAUUUGCUAACGUUGUCUCACCUCGUCAGUGUUAGAAUUACCAUGUGCCAAAGGGUGAUAGAACAUGCUCUAGUUUUCUUAUUUGUUUGGUGUUUUAUUGUGGGAAAUGCAAGUAGCCUAAAAUGCGAAAUCUGCCGGGGAUACCAAUGUUUCAGAUCCAGAAUUCCUACAGAAAAAUGCUCAAACAACUACCCUUCGCUACCAGUCAAUUUUCCAAUAAACCCUGUCAAAGUCAAAGGAAAAUACGAAUACGGAUGCCUUAGUUUGAAGUACUUUCAAGACAAUUCAACCUAUCGUAUCCGACAAUGCUUGCCAGUAGUAACAGGAGACUGUAUCUGCAAACAAUUUAAGAACACUCUACAUAUUGAACAAUGUACCUUUCAAAAUCGAAAAAUUACCCGAAGACGUGGCAGUAGUGAAGAAAUAAAUGAUAAAUUUUGUGAAGUACAAAGCAGAUGGUCUAAUAGUGAUGAAACAGAUAGUGACGAAGAGGAUGAGCGAGAAGAAGAUGAAGAUGAAGAAUCCGAAGAAGAUAGCGAUAUGCUUGACGAUAUUAUUGAGGAUUUGCUUGAUAAACCUAAUAAUAAUUAUAAUAUUAAAUCCACCACCACUAAGGUGGCUUUAGAAGCUUCAAAGACGACUUCAACAUUUUUAUUGCCACUAGGAAAUAGCAAAGAACCAACCACAACUAGCAAGCAUGUUCCUUUCAUCAUUAUACCACCUUCAACAACUACCUCUACUCCAGUAAGCCUUAGCUCUUCAACUGUAAGAGCCAGUAAGUCUACUAAAGGAAUCGAAUCAACAGCAAAGGACCAUAUUUCAAUCACAUCAACGAGAAGACCAUUUGUAGACUCAUCAACGAAAACUCCAAAUUUAAUGACUUCUCAAAAAGGAGUAGAAUCUACAAUAAAAAACUAUAUAUCUACUAUAUCAACGACAAAACCUCUUAUAAGCUCACCAACAAAAAUUCCCAAUUUUGUAAAUUCACAAAUUCCCAAUAAUUUUCUAACAGCACAAGCUAGUAAACCAAGUAAUGGAAUCACUGUAGUAGCAUCAACCACAAAGAGAACUACCCCAAAAACACAGGCCUCUAGCAUCAUCAUCUCACUGUCUUCUAAUUCAAUAGAACAAGCAACAAAUAUCACCAAAGAAGAAUUAAAUAUAAUACCUACAAUCACUAAAAAUGACAAAGAAACAACAACGUCAACACUUGUCUCUACCAACCUACAUACUCAAUCUACAACUGCUCAUGAUACUGAUGUAUUAUCUUCAAGUUCAAAAUAUUCUUAUGCAACUACAAAUUCAAAAGAUGAUUUAACCCCUACUACCACCAUAGGCUCGUUUGUCCUUAAUAGUUCUAUUGCAGUUACCACAGAAACAUCUGUGGUUGAGAAUCUAGAUGAAUCCUCUCUGAUCCCAUCAGUAUCUACAGCUAACAGUAAACCAAUAGCAUCAAUACCAGAAAGCUCAAGCGUAGAUAACGAAAAUUCCAAUAAUACAACAGUGGCAUCAAUGGAGAACUCAAUCACUACAGCAGUAGGUGCCACUGUAAAUAAUAUGACCUCAAUAGAUAUAGAUGGAGCAUUAACAAAUCCGUCAUCUGAAAAGUCCUAUAGUGCUAUAACCAGUUCCGAUACAAAGACCAGCUCUACUUCAUCAUUUAUUGAAAAUAAAAGCACAACAAUGAGUUUAAUAGGAAAUUCAAAUAGUACAGUAAUAAACGCUAAUUUUUCCUUAAUGCCCUCAAUGGACAUAGAUGAGACGGUAGCAACUUCAUUACCUGAAAAAUCUAAUAAUGCCAGUGAUACGACGAAUGCAUCUUCUGAUAAUACCACCAUAUUUGACGAUCAGAUUACAUCAAUGUCUUUAAUCCAUAGCCCAAAUAGCACAACAGAUAACAUGAUAGAUGAUAACUCCCGUAGUACUGCUCCAUCUACCGUUAAUAAAAAUACAGCAACGUCAUCAAUGAAGGAGUUGGAUAAUACAACUGUAAAUAAAGAUGAAGCAAUAACAAAAUCAACAUCUGGAAAUGACAGUAAUGGCCUAACUAGUACCAAUAGAGUAACUAUAUCUUCUUACCUCUUUAGUUCUACCGAUGCUGAAAAGUUAUCACUCUCAUCAAUGAAGGAGCCAAAUAGUACAACAGUCGUACCUAUCACUACUUCUAAUAUUUCAACAAUUUCUCGAAAUGAAGUCAAAACAGAAUCACCUUUUGAAAAUGUUAAUGUUAGUUCUAUUAUAUCCACUAAUGUACCAACGUCAUCAACGGAUAAUAUAGUUACUACUCCUAUACCAAUUGAUAGUACAAAUAUACAAAUGUCACCAAUGGACCAAAAUAGUACGACACCGUAUUCACUCUUGGACGAAAAUUCUUUCAACCUGAAUACUCGGACUACAGUUUUUGAAGAUCAAGCGGCAAUUGAUUUUUCAUUUGUAAACAGUGCUACCCUCAACACCAAUAUAGUAAAUCCAUCAGGUUCUACUGAAUCAACAAAUGAUAAAAGUUUCCAAAUGUCCUCAAUGGAGAUACUGAAUUUCACGACAGAUGAUUCUCUUAUGGAUAUAAAUAUUCGUACUACAAUUGGAAAUGAAGCAAGAACAGAUGAAAACUUGAGUAGCACUGCUUCCAGCAAUGACGUGUUGAAUGAAUCUUCUGACCUGCUUAGUUCUACUUUAUCUACCAAUACAUCAACAGAAAACCCAAUUACCAUAACAACGAAUUCAGUGGUAAAUUCUACUAUAAUUUCUGGAGAUAAGAUAGUAAUAGAUUCUUCAUUUGAAAAUGUGAGUAAUAGUGUUACCACCAUAAAAGAUGAGACUUCUCACCUGUUUAGUUCCACCUUAUCUACUGAUGAUAAAAGUACACAAACCUCUUCAAUGGACAAUAUAAAUAGCACACCAAUGAAUUUUGUAGUGAAAGAUAAUUCCUCCAGUUUGCAUGGCUCUACAACAAUUCUUGCAGAUGAAAGUUUAGCAGAGUCUUCGUCUGGAUAUCUCAAUAGUAUUGACCCUAGUACUAAUAUGAUCGAUGAGUCACACCUGUUAAGUUCUUUAGGUUCUACCAGUGCUCAAAAUACUCAAUCGUCAUCAAAAGAGAAUCCAUCAAUAACAGGACCAGUCGUAAACACUAAUGUUUCAACUAUUGAUCAUUCAACAGUAUCUACCACCACUGCUGAAAAUGGAACAACAAUCAGUUCAGUCUUCGAUAAAAAUUCCACCAGCAUGUACACAGUUCCUAUAGAUACAUUCGCAUCAGAUUUGUUGUCUGAUGUUGAAUCUUCUUAUCCAUUUAAUUCUAUAGUUUCUACUGACACCAACAAUACAAUGGAAGAUCUAAAUAAUGCAGCAACAGUAGAAUUAGACAUAAACACGAAUGUUUCUAAUAUGAAUCAUGUAAGUACAACUUUAGGUGUUUCCUACGAUGCUGAUGUCAGUACUAAUAAUGAAGAAUCUUCUGAUAAAAGUAAUUCUUUUCCAUCUACUAUAACUGGAAUUACACCAAUAGCAACAAUAGAGGAUCCAAACACAGUUGGAACAACAGUAGGAUCAGUAAUGGAUGUAAGUUCUUCCAACAAUGAUAAUUUUACUACAAUUGUGACUGUAGCAAUAAAUACCAAUAUGGCAGAUGAACCUUCUUACCAGAGUUCUACUGGGACUACAUCAUCAUUAGAAGAUCUGAAUGAUACAGCAACACUUGCGUUAGUUAUGGACACAAUUGUUUUAAAUACGAGUCAUUUAACUACAAUUUUAACAGAUUCGUCAUCUGAAGUUUUCUACGAUGAAGCUGCUAAUACUGGUAUAAUAGAAUCUUCUGAUAUAAGUAGUUAUUUUUCACCUACUAUCACUGAAAUCAGACCAACGGCAUCAGAAGACGGUUUAAAUGAUAAAACAGUGGGAUCAACCGUGGAUACGAGUUAUGCCAGCAUGGAAUUUUCUUAUGUAGCAUCAAAUACCAAUACGGCAGAUAAAUCUCCUUACCAGAUUUCUACUGAUUCAACUACAAAUACAAAAACAUCAUCAUCAUCAAUAAAAGAUCUAAAUGAGACAGCAACAGUUGGAUUAGUCAUGGACACGAAUGUUUUAAAUGCGAGUCAUUCAAUCACAAUUUCAGCAGAUGACCCAACAGAUGUGUCAUCUGGAGUCUUUUACGAUAUUACUGCCAGUACUGAUAUAUUAGAAUCUUCUAACCCAACUAAAUCUACUGAAUCGUCUUUGACUAAGACUACACCAGCAGCAUCAAUAGAGAAUCCAAACACAGUUGGUACGACAGUAGGAUCAGCCACGGAUCCAAGUUUUUCUAGCAAUAAUGAUUUCACUAUAAUUGCUAAUGUAGCCACAAAUACCAAUAGAGUAGAUGAACCUUCUUAUAAGAGUUCUACUGCAUCUACUAAUGAUGGUAAAAAUACUCCAACAUCAUCAUUAGUGGAAGAUCUAAAUGAGACAGCAACAGUUGGGUUAGUCGUGGACACAAUUUUUUCUAAUACGAGUCAUUUAAUUACAAUUUUAGAAAACGAUGCUGUAGAUUCACCAUCUGGAAUUCUCUACGAUGAUGCUGCUAGUACUGAUAUAUUAGAAUCUUCUAACUCAACCAAAUCUACUACUGUAUCGACUCUUACUAAAACUACACCAGUAGCACUAAUAGAGGAUACCAAUACAGUUGGUGCAACAGAAGGUUCAGUCAAGGAUCCAAGUGCUUUUAGCAAUAACAAUUUAAUUACAAUUAGUAAUGUAGUAGCAAAUAUGGUAGAUGAGUCCUCUUAUCAGAGUUCCACUGUGUUUGCUGAUUAUAGUAAGAAUACACUAACAUUAUCAUCAGUGGAAGAUCUAAAUGAGAUAGCAACAGUUGGGUUAGUCGUGGACACAAAUGUUUCAAAUACGAGUGAUUUAACUACAAUUUUAGGAGAUGACGCUACAGAUUCGUCAUAUGGUGUAUUCUAUAAUAGCACUAAUAUAGCAGAAUCUUCUAAUGCUACUGUAUCGAUUUUCACUAAAACUACACCAGCAGCAUCAAUAGAGAAUACACCAGUAGAAUCAGUCAUGAAUACGAAUUCUUCAAGCAUUAAUAAAUCCACUACAAUUGCUAAUGUAGCAGCAGAUACCAGUAUGACAGGUGAAUCAUCUUAUCAAAGUUCUACUACGUUUACUGAUUAUAGUAAAAAUACAAUAACAUCAUCAUCAAUUAAAGAUAUAAAUGAUACAGCUACAGUUGGAUUAGAUGUGGAUUCGAAUUUUUCGAGUACAACUCAUUUAACUACCAUUAUAGGAGAUGUCGCUAUAGAUUCAUCAUCUGGAGUUUUCUCUGAUGCUACUGUCAAUACUGAUAUAGAAGAAUCUUCUAACUCAACUACAACAACAUCAAUAAAGGAUCCAAACACUGUUGCUAUAACAGUAGGAUCAGUCAUGGAUUCUUCAAGUCUUAAUAACUCCGCUACAAUUGCUAAUGAAGCAGUAAAUAUCAAUAUGACAGAAGAAUAUUUUUAUCAGAAUUCUACUGCAACUACUAAUUAUAGUGAAGGUACACUAACAUCAUUAUCAAUGGAAGAUCUAAAUGAGAUAGAAACAGUUGGGCUAGUCGUGAACAUGAAUGUUUGUAACACGAGUCAUUCAACUACAAUUUCAGGAUAUGACGCAACAGAUUCUUCAUCUGAAGUCGUCUACGGUACUGUUGCUGAUACGGAUAUACUAACAUCUUCUGACCCAACCAGAUCUACUGCAGGGUCUCUGAUUGAAACUACACCAGUAGGUGCAGUGACGCAUGCAAAUUCUGCCAGCAAUAAUAAUUCCACUACAGCUGCUAAUGUAGCAACAAAUACCAAUCUAGCAGGUGAACCUUUUUAUCAGAAUGCCACUGCGUCUACUGAUUAUAGUAAAAAUACACCAACACCAUUAUCGAUGGAAGAUCUAAAUGACACAGCAAUAGUUGGGUUAGAUAUGAACACGAAUGUUUCUAAUAUGAGUCAUUCAGACUCAAGAGAUUUCUCAUCUGAAGUUUUUUAUGAUGCUGCUACUAGUACUGAUAUAGCAGAAUCUUUUGAUACAAGUAAUUCUUUUGCCUCUACUAUUAUUGAAAUUACACCACCGACAUUAGUAGAAGGGGUUAAUGGUACAACAAUGGGAUCAACCAAAGAUUCAAGUUUUGAUAGCACAGUAAUUUCUUAUGAAGCAUCAAAGACCAAUAUGGCAGAUGAAUUUGCUCACCACAGUUCUACUGAUGAUAGUAAAAAUACACCAACAUCAUCAUCAAUAGCAAAUUUAAAUGAGGCAGAAACAGUUGGAUUUGUCACGGACAUAAAUAAUUCAAAUACGAUAUUAAGCGACGAUGCAACAGAUUCGUUAUUUGGAGUUCCCUAUGAUGCUACUGCCAGUACUGAUGCAAUAGAAUCUUCUAACCCAACUAAAUUUACUGCAUCAUAUCUUAGUAAAACUACACCAAUAGAGGAUACUAAAAUAGUUACAAGUUCUCCCAGUUAUAAUAAUUCUACUAUAAUUGCUACUGUGGGAGCAAAUACCAAUAUGAUGGAUGAAUCUUCUUAUCAGAGUUCUACUGAUGAUAGUAAAAAUAUACCAAUGAAAGAUCUAAAUAAUUCAGCAAUAGUUGAAUUAGCGAUGGACCCGGAUGAAUCGAGUCAUUCUACUACAAUUUUAGGAGAUGACACAGCAAAUUCAUCAAUGGAAAUUAUCUAUGUUGUUGCUGCUAGUACCGGUAUAGUAGAAUCCUUUGAUCCAACCGAAUCUACUGAACCAACUUUCACUAAAACUACACCAGCAGCAGCAGAAGCAGUCUUGAAUGCAAAUUCUUCUAGAAAUAAUAAUUCCAAUACAAUAGCAGAAAGUACCAAUAUGACAGGCAUAUCUUAUAGUUCUACAGUAUUUACUGAUUAUGCUGAGAAUACAUCCACGGCAUCAGUAGUGGCCUCAAAUACCAUCACUGUAGAUUUAACCAUAGAUUCUAAUCAUUCCUUUUUAAUUAAUUCAACUGCAAUUGCAGGAAAUAAAUCAAAUGAAAAUACCCUUAUUACUAUACUUAAUACCGGUGAUACAAACUAUUCAUCUAUUAUCACCAGUACUGUUAAAACUUCGCCAAUAUCAUUAACAAAAGAACCAAAUACUACAGUUGCCAACACAUUCUUGCAAGUAAAUUAUAGCUCUUCAACUACUACAGGACAAAUACCAAUAAAUUCUUCAUAUGAAUAUGAAAUGGACAGUGCUCUUAUCACACCAACUGUGGGUAAUGAUGCCAAGAACUCAUCAGAAGGUGAUUUAAGUAAUUCAUUUGAAUCUUUUAAUAUAACCACACCAACAGUGAUGGAUGCAACAGUGAAAUCAACAACUAAGUCAUCGAUAAUUUCAAUACUGGAUCCUCCGCCAGCUCAUGAAUCAUCAAAUUCAAAAAAUGAGGUAAACGAAGCUGAUUUUGUGGUAACCCCUUUUAGUGCUGAAAACCCUUUUUUUUAUAGCGUUUUCUUAAUAAUCCUUUUGUGUUUUUUUCGUGAUUUAUAUUAUGGUUCUCCGAUCACGUAAAAAGAGGAUCCGACGUAGUUUGCUUGACAUUGAGCAUCAGUAUUAUAAAUCUGUAACCUAGAGUCAAGCUAAUAAAAUAUAUAUGUAAGUUG